CGCGGAGGCGGAGGGAGGAGAAAAGGGCGGGUGGCUGAGGGGAUAGCCGGCGACCACGGGGUUGUCAUGGAGCCUUGGGGCCGUGCUCGCGCAUGCGCCAGCUCCCCCGCGGGGCCGGUCUUGGAGAGGCGACCCUGGCCCUAGGUCCCAGCCUCUCUCCUGCAGAGCUCCGGGGAGUUGUGUGGGGCAGUCCAGAUGAAAAGUGCAGCGGUCAGGCUGCCGCCGCCAGCCCACUGAACCAUGGAGAGGAAGAAUCCAGCCCGGGAUGGCCCCAGAAGACUCUCGGCCAAACUGGGCAAAGGCCCCGAGGUAAAGAAAGCUGCCCAUCCCCUCGGCAUGGCGGCCACCGAGUCAGACAAGGACUCCGGAUUUUCAGAUGGCAGCUCUGAGUGCCUGAGUUCCGCGGAGCAGAUGGAGUCCGAGGACGUGCUGAGUGCCCUGGGCUGGAGCAGAGAAGACAGGCGGAAGCCCAGCUCCAGGCCUGCGAGCCAUGCCUUCCCCACUCUGUCCCCUAUGGUCGUCAUGAAGAACGUGCUGGUCAAACAGGGCAGCAGCUCGUCCCAGCUCCAGUCCUGGACGGUGCAGCCCCCCUUCGAGGUCAUCUCCGCACAGCCUCAGCUCCUGUUCCUUCAUCCUCCUGUCCCGUCUCCCAUCAGCCCAUGCCACACAGGGGAGAAGAAGGCUGACUCCAGGAACUACUUGCCCAUCCUGAAUUCUUACACCAAAAUAGCCCCCCACCCAGGCAAAAGGGGCCGCUCCCACAGCCCGGAAGAGAAAGGGGCACGGGCAGCGCAAAAGAAAGUCCGCACCGAGAGCCUGGCCCCCAGCCUGUCUUCCAGGGAGCCAGCCAAGGCUGGCACGGCACCUGCCAGCCCCUUGGCUCCUGCUCCACCCAGCGCCAGGCUGGCCGAGGACUCUGCUCCGCAGGGGGUGCCCUCCCUGGUGGCAGGUGGAAGUCCACAGACUCUGCAGCCCAUUUCCAGCACCCACGUGGCUAAGGCUCCCAGCCUGACCUUUGCCUCCCCCGCCAGCCCAGUGUGCGCCUCUGACAGCACCCUUCACGGGCUGGAAAGCAGCUCCCCGCUGUCCCCGCUGUCCGCCCACUACAGCUCACCACUGUGGGCAGCAGAGCAGCUGUGCCGCAGCCCCGAGGUCUUCCCAGAGCAGCGGCAGAGCAGACACCGGCGCUUCCACAACACGCUGGUGGUCCUGCACAGGUCUGGCCUGCUAGAGAUCACCCUGAAGACCAAGGAGCUAAUCCGGCAGAACCAGGCCACACAAGUGGAACUAGACCAGCUGAAGGAGCAAGCCCAGCUGCUGGUCGAAGCCGCCAAGAGCAGGGCUCCCGAGGCGUGGGCCAAGCUGCAGGCUUCCCUGAUGUCCGGGCCUACCCAUGCUGGCAGCGACCCAAAUGUGUUCUCUGACCACCCAGACAUAUAGCAUGGCCGGCCAACUUUGCUUGAGUGGCUCUGUCACCCUCCAACUGGUACCUCCUUCUGCCCAAAGCUUACAUAAGCCUGUCUGAACUGAAACUGUCUCGCAGUUCACUCUCGAAGCCACGUGCCCAUCCCAGGCCGCUGUGCUUAGCUGUCUACACACAGGUGGCAGACAUCUUUGUUCUGCCAGGGACACCACUUACAGUGCCCUUGGCCUCCAGGCACUUAGCUGGGUCACAAGGUAAGCAGGAGAGAUGACUGGGAGUGAGGGCUCUUCUGGUUAUCGCUUCCCAGCGUCCCUCCCCAUCACUCACGGGGCUUGAGGACAGACAUGUGGAAUGGGCCCUCCCCUUCAGUGUCUUAGUCACAGAGAACUUUGAGAGGCAGGGUGUUUGCAUUCCACUAGGCACUGCGCCAGCUGGGUAAACCCUAAAAUGCCCUGGGCACAGGAUGCACCUGGGUAUAAGCACUUAAUCACUAAGGCUUUGUUUUCGUCAAUGUGAAUGUCAAGGGGAAAGGGUAAUACUAUCUAACUCAGACACUUUAAUCUCAAGCAGAUUUCACUUCAACCUGUAUAAGCAAAAUAGCUCAGAUUUGUAAGACAGGAAAUGGACCCAGGACCAUCAGGAAAUUGGAGUUGAUGAUUUCUUUUUCCUUUUUUUAAACGUAGAGAUGUGGCCAGCAUCUCUUGGUCAAAAAGGGCUGGAAGAUUCUGGUAACAUCAGGCCUUUCUUCUGUCUGCUUUGGUGACUCGAAACCUCCUUUAGGUCUCAAGUUUAAGAGAGCCAUCCACCCCUGAGGAUUGUGUAAGUUAACCUGUUGCCUCCCAGGGUUUUGUUUAUUUCCCCAUUUGUUUUUAAUGAAAGGAGUGAUCAUGAUGCCUGAAAAACUUGGAAUGAAAUAAACUCCUGAGGUUACAAUAAGA